UGCCCAACAUGGCGGGCGGCAGCAGCCGCGGGAGUCCUGCUGGAGGCGGCCCCGGGAGCUCCGGUGCCUCCGCGUGGGCCUCGCUGCCUGCAGGGCUCCUCCUGCCGCCGGUCCUCCUCCUCCUUCUCCUGCCGCAGCCCGCCCUCGCCACGCCCGCUCUCGACACCGUAGUGCUGGGGCUGCGGCUGGAAGGCAGCACGAAGCCUCCCGAGCCCGUGGCCGGGGUGGCUCCGGGGCCCAUCCGGCUCACGGAGGGCAGCGAGGCCCUGCUCCGGCUCUACGGGCUGGGGCUGGGCCCGGGAGCCGCGGAGCGUGUGGCCUUCGCCGAGCUGAGGCCGGACGCCAUCCCGGCCGUGAACGAGACGUGCGGGGAGCGCUCGCAGGACCUGCUGGUGCGGCCCGGCCCCGCCGAGCCCCGAGACACCUCGGUGCUGCUGUGGCUGCGGGUGCUGCCCCUGCGCAAGCACGAGAAGGCCAAGGCCUACGUGCUGUGCUCGCAGCGCCGGCCCGGCCAGCCCUGGCUGCCACACCAGGGUCCCGAUGGGCAGGUGGUGGUCCUGGAAGAGAAGAAGUCCCUGCUGCCGCUGUGGCUGCAGGUGACUCUCAUCGCCGCUUUGCUGGGGUUGUCCGGGAUGUUCAGCGGGCUGAACCUGGGGUUGAUGGCGCUCGACCCCAUCGAGCUCCGCAUUCUGCAGAACUGUGGCUCGGAGAAGGAGCGACGCUAUGCCCGCAGGAUCAGCCCCAUCCGGAAGAAAGGAAACUACCUGCUUUGUUCGCUGCUGUUGGGCAACGUAUUGGUCAACACGACCCUCACCAUCCUUCUGGAUGACCUGACCGGCUCUGGCGUAGGUGCCGUGGUGGCUUCGACCGUGGGGAUCGUGAUCCUUGGGGAGAUUGUUCCCCAGGCGUUGUGCUCCCGGCAUGGGCUCGCUGUGGGUGCCAAGACCAUUCUAGUGACCAAGUUUUUCAUGCUGCUCACGCUUCCCCUGUCCUACCCCAUCAGCAGACUGCUGGACUGCAUCCUGGGCCAAGAGAUCAGCACUGUUUACAACCGGGAGAGGUUCCUGGAGAUGCUGAAGGUGACAGAGUCUUUCAACGAUCUGGUCAAGGAGGAACUGAACAUGAUCCAGGGUGCUCUGGAGCUGCGCACCAAGACGGUGGAGGACGUGAUGACCCCGUUGCCCAACUGCUUUAUGAUCAGCAGCGAUGCCGUCCUGGACUUCAACACCAUGUCUGAGAUUAUGCAGAGCGGGUACACACGGAUCCCUGUCUAUGAGGGUGACAGGGCAAACAUCAUGGACAUCCUCUACGUGCAGGACCUGGCCUUCGUGGACCCUGAUGACUGCACUGCCCUCAAGACCAUCACCAAGUUUUACAACCACCCCGUGCACGUCGUGUUCCAUGACACCAAGCUUGAUGCCAUGCUGGAGGAGUUCAAAAAAGGGAAAUCCCACCUGGCCAUUGUGCAGAAGGUGAACAACGAGGGGGAGGGGGAUCCCUUCUACGAGGUUCUGGGGCUGGUGACCCUGGAGGAUGUGAUUGAGGAGAUCAUCAAGUCCGAGAUCCUGGAUGAGUCUGACACCUACAUCGACAACCGCAGCCGGAAGCGUGUGACCAACCAGAAGAACAGGAGGGACUUCUCAGCCUUCAAGGACCCCGUCAGCGAGCAAAAGGUCAAGGUAUCCCCUCAGCUCCUCUUGGCUGCCCACAGGUUCCUCCUGACUGAGGUGCCACUUUUCAGCCCCACCCUCAUGUCAGAGAAGAUCCUGCUGCGGCUCCUUGGGUAUUCUGAUGUCAUCCAGGAGCUUAAGUUCAACGAGGAGGACAAGAAAUCCCCCCAGCACUACCUCUACUGCAAGAACAAGCCUGCUGACUACUUCAUCCUCAUCCUGCAGGGCAAGGUGGAGGUGGAGGCUGGCAGGGAGUGCAUGAAGUUUGAGGCAGGACCGUUUACCUACUACGGGGUGAUGGCCCUCAGCCCCCCUCCUGGAUCUGAAUUUCGGUCCCCAUCUCGUGGAAGCGGCCUGGCCCGCUCGGCCUCCCUGAGCAACCACGAGCGCUCCGAGUCCAUGUCAUCGGCUGUGAGUGGCAGCACCAACCAGCUCAGCGGGACUGGGAACCAGUACGUGGCUGAUUUCAGCCUCCGGGCACUGACAGACCUCCAGUUCGUCAAGAUCACGCGCCAGGAAUACCUGAAUGGCCUCACGGCCUCCCGCAUGGACAGUUGUCCCCAGUCCCCUGACAGCAACAGCAACUCCCCCAGACCAGGCCCCGACAAUCCAGAGAGACCGGAGCCUUCGGCCCCUGCAGACGAGACCACGAGCCUCCUGAACGACAGGAACUGCCAGGGCCGCCGGAGCAACCACAGUUCCAUGGAGAACAACAAUGUCUGACCCCGGCCAGCGCCGGCGCGCUCUGGAGGGCCCAGGGCGUGCUCGGUGCAGGGACCUCCAUCCCGGCAGGAUUUGGCUGCCACUGGAAUAUGAGCCAGGAGGAGUGACAACAGCACAGUGAAGAAUGGAGGAGCUGGAAUUUGCUGCUGUUUCCAGGCUGGCUCGUUUUUUUUGGGAUUGAUUGGAGCAGUGGCGGAGGUGGCACCAAAGGCACCGCCCACACAGCUCAGGGACGUUGGGGUCUUGUUUGCCACGGUAGGACCCUGGAGAUGGAUGUCCCUGCCCUUUGGGAUCCUCGGAAUGGACAUUCUGGCCCUUCAAGACCCUUGGGAUGGAUGGGCUGGUCCUUUGGGAUCCUCGGGAUGGAUGUCCUGGCCCUUUCAGAUCCAUGGGAUGGGUGUCCUGACCCUUUCAGACCCCCUGGAUGGACAUCCCACCCCCUCAGGGCUCCUGCACUACACUGGGACCCAUGGGAUGGAUGUUCCCUUUCCUACACCAGCCUGUAAUGGGGGUUCUGGGCCCUCAGCUCUCCUACACCACGGUGGGACCGUGGGAUGGGCAUCCCAGCCCUUUGGGAUCCCCUGGGAUGGGAAUCUCGGUCCCUCAGGGCUCCUACACCAGCCUGGGAUGGGGGUCCCAAUCCCACACCAUUUUGGGGGGUCCCAGGAUGGAAAUCUCAGCCCCUUGGGGUCUCCUACACCACUGUGGUACCCUCAGGAUGGGCAUCCCAGAUCCCUCAGGACUUCUACACCCUUCUGGGAUGGGUGUCCCGAGCCCUUGGGACUCCUACACCACGUUGGGACCCUCGAGAUUGGGGUCCCAGCCCCUCAGACCCCCCCAGGAUGGGAGUUCCUGCCCCUCUGGGGUGUUUUUGGUAUCAGGGACUUGUUGUACUGAUUGUACUGCAGCCCCUCCCCAUUCCCAACCCCCUUUCCUGCUGGCCGGGGACACGGGGAUGGGCUUGGAUCUCCCUGGGACC